GCGACUCGUGGCAGUCCAACCCAAGCUUCGCGGUGGCCACCCUUCAUAACCUCCGUCAGAAGCGGCAGUUGGCGGUCACCGAUAACACACACACCACCAUGAGGGAAAUUGUUCACCUACAGACCGGCCAGUGCGGCAACCAGAUUGGAACAAAGUUCUGGGAAAUCAUCAGUGAUGAACAUGGCAUCCAGCCCACUGGAGAAUACACUGGUGCCGAUAAAGACUUGAUGGAACUCCAGUUGGAGCGCAUCAAUGUAUACUAUAAUGAAGGCAACCAAGGAAAAUAUGUACCCCGUGCUGUUCUGGUCGACUUGGAACCCGGUACGAUGGACAGUGUCAGAGCUGGACCCCAUGGACAACUCUUCAAACCAGACAGCUUUGUAUUCGGUCAGAGUGGUGCAGGUAACAAUUGGGCCAAGGGUCAUUACACAGAAGGUGCUGAACUUGUAGACUCCGUCCUUGAUGUUGUCCGCAAGGAAGCCGAAAAAUGCGAUUGUCUUCAGGGCUUCCAGCUGACACAUUCCCUUGGUGGUGGUACUGGGUCUGGCAUGGGCACCCUCCUUGUUUCAAAAAUCCGUGAAGAAUUCCCCGACAGAAUCAUGAACACCUUCUCAGUUGUCCCAUCUCCCAAGGUUUCAGACACUGUUGUUGAGCCCUACAAUGCAACACUAUCAAUUCACCAGCUUGUUGAAAACACGGACGAAACUUACUGUAUCGAUAACGAGGCCCUCUAUGACAUCUGCUUCAGAACACUGAAACUACAGAACCCCACUUACGGUGACCUUAACCAUCUCGUUUCUCUCACAAUGUCUGGUGUGACCACUUGCUUCAGAUUCCCUGGUCAACUGAAUGCCGAUUUAAGAAAGCUGGCUGUCAACAUGGUUCCCUUCCCUCGUCUUCACUUCUUCAUGCCUGGGUUUGCUCCUCUAACCGCUCGUGGUUCCCAGCAAUACCGUGCCCUUACAGUCCCAGAGCUCACCCAACAGAUGUUCGAUGCAAAGAACAUGAUGGCUGCAUGCGACCCCAGACACGGACGUUAUUUGACAGUUGCUGCUAUCUUCCGUGGUCGUAUGUCUAUGAAGGAGGUUGAUGAACAAAUGUACAAUAUUCAAAAUAAGAACUCUUCAUUCUUUGUUGAAUGGAUCCCCAACAACGUAAAAACUGCUGUGUGUGACAUUCCACCACGCGGAAUCAAGAUGGCUUCUACCUUCAUUGGAAACUCCACUGCCAUCCAAGAGCUGUUCAAGCGUGUGGGUGAACAGUUCACAGCUAUGUUCAGGCGAAAGGCUUUCCUCCAUUGGUACACUGGUGAAGGCAUGGACGAGAUGGAGUUCACAGAGGCAGAGUCCAACAUGAAUGAUUUAGUGUCUGAAUACCAGCAAUACCAGGAAGCGACUGCCGAUGAUGAGGCGGAAUUCGAAGAGGAAGGUGAAGUAGAGGGGGAAUAUGCCUAAAUGACUAAAUUAUAAAAUUGGUCAACUGCAUCUCCUUUUCUUUUCCCUAGUUGAUCAGUGUACAUUCCUUAUUUCCAAUUGUAUGAAUCAAAUUUGAACAAAUUUCUUCUAUUUCUUUCUAUUUUUUUGUAAUAUGAUUUAUAGCACAA